AUGCCAGAAUCACAAUGCCUUCCAGGACGGGCCAGAGAUUGGACUACUAGAGUGGUGCUGGAUAUUUCCAGGGGCAGAGUGAUCUAUAUAAGCGGCCUCUACAUCCGUCCAUUAUAUCUCUUGUCGCUGCCUGGGCUGCCAAAGCCGGCCACUGGCUCCGACAAUUAUUCUCAUUCUGCAAAGCGGCAACUACGACAGUCCAAGAUAGUCGAUAUACCUUUAAAGCGCCGACCUACUAUCGAUCAUUACUUGAUGUUCUCUUGA